UGUGAGGCCCGGCUGGGCACCUGCUGCUGCCGCUCCUCCCUCUGUGCCUGCUCCAGGCCGGGCUGCUUCCCCGCCUCCAAAGCCCUCUUCUUGGGUGACGUCCCUCGAAUAGGAGCUCGAGGCGGGCGAUUCCGGCACUGGUUUGGCGGCAGAGCCAGUGUCACAGGGUCAGGAGGCUUUGGCGCAGCGACAGGGGAGCCCAGCAGCAUGGCACCUCCUUUCCGCCUCCCGCUCCUCUUCCUCCUCCUGCAGCCUUGGGCCGCCGCGCCUUCCAAGCUCAACAUCCCCAAAGUGCUGCUGCCCUUCGCGCGUAGCACUAAGGUCAACUUCACCCUGGAGGCGAGCGAGGGCUGUUACCGCUGGACUUCUACCAGACCAGAGGUGGCCAGCAUAGAAGCUAUAGAAAAAGAUGACCGCCAGUGUUCACAGAAGGCUAUUGUUCAGGCGAAAUCAUCCCAAGUAUCACGUCUAACAAGUAUUAUUUUGGCUGAAGAUAUUUUGACUGGCCAGGUGCUUCGCUGUGAUGCUAUAGUUGAUAUCAUUCAUGAGAUCCACAUUGUGUCAACUACAAAAGAACUGUAUCUAGAGGAUUCACCACUGCAAUUGAAAAUCCAAGCAUUAGACUCUGAAGGAAACACUUUUAGCACUUUGGCAGGAGUUGCUUUUGAGUGGAUGGUCAUGAAAGGUCCAGAAAUGAAUGAAUUCUCAGAUUCUCACAAUGCACUCCGGAUCCUGAAGUUCUCAGAAUCAACAUAUAUACCACCUUCGUAUAUAUUAGAGAUGGAAAAAGUUGCUAGACAAGGAGACAUUGUAUUAGUAUCUGGGAUGAAAACAGGGAGUUCAAAACUAAAAGCAAGAAUCCAGGAACCUGUUUAUAAGAAUGUACCUGCUGCUGAAGUCAGAUUGUUUAUUUUGGAAAACAUCAUUCUAAAUCCAUCUUAUGAUGUCUACCUCUUGGUAGGAAUGUCUGUGCGAUAUAAAGUUGAGAAAAUAAGGCGAGGGAAAAUGACAGAACUAAUGAUGCCUUCUGAUCACUAUGAACUACAACUUCAAAACAACACGUUCAGCCCUGAUGGAAACCCAGCCUGGCCUGUUGCCAAGUUAGACCAGGCAACAUCCACAGUUACUGCGCUUCAGCGAGGACAGUCUAACAUUGUACUUUCCCACAAAAGCAUUUCGAUGCAAGGUGCUUCCAAGUUACCAAAUGGCACAAUUUAUGUCGUGCACCCAGCAUAUCUAGGAUUUUUAAUUCAUCCAGGUGACAGUUGGGUCUUGGAAACAGAGAGGCUUUAUGAAAUCUCUAUCGAAGUGUAUGAUAAAUCAGGCAAUAAGGUGUAUUUAUCUGAUAAUCUCCGAAUUGAUGUGCAUUUCUCAAAGGAAUACUUCAAGGUUUUCCAGUCCUCUUUGAAUGGCUCAUAUCAUUACGUGAAAGUGAUAAAGGAGGGACACACCAUUAUUACUGCUACAUUAAUCUCGAUUGUAGAUCAGGAUGGAGGUGUUCACACAUUACCUGUUCCUGUACAAAAUGAACAAGAAGUAGACAUUUAUGUUCCCAUUUCACUUUUACCAAGCAUUUUGACGUUUCCAUGGCAGCCAAAUGCAGGAGCGUAUCAGUAUACAAUAAAGGCUUAUGGGGGAAGUGGCAACUUUACCUGGUCUACAUCUGACCCAAGCAUUGCAACGGUAACAGUCAAAGGAGUAAUGACAACUGGAAAUGAGAUUGGUGUCAGUACAAUACGUGCCAUUGAUGUUCAGAAUCCAUUACAUUAUGGGAAAAUGAAGGUCUAUGUGACAGAACCCAGUGGCAUGGAAUUCACACCAUGUCAAGUUGAGGCUCAUGUGGGUGAGACACUGGAACUGCCUUUGAGAAUAAAUGGCCUAAUGAAUGAGGAAACUAGUCAGAUGGUCACUUUGAGUGACUGCUCACAUUUUGAUUUAGUGGUUGAUGUUGAGAACCAUGGUGUGUUUAGCCAAUUGGAAGGAAGGUUGAAGCCAACUCCUGAGUUCUGUAGUGGGGUCAAAGUUAAAGCUGAAGGCCAAGGAUACACUCAACUUGUAGUCAGUUAUACACACGGUCAUGUUCACCUAAGUGCAAGUAUCACCAUAGCUUCUUAUCUGCCACUUAAGACUAUUGAUCCUGUUGCUUCUGCCUUAGUAACUUUGGGUUCUUCCAAAGAUAUACUGUUUGAAGGUGGACCCAGACCUUGGGUUCAAGAGCCAUCUAAGUUCUUCAGGCAAGUUAGUGCUGAAUCUCCAGAGAAUACUGGCUUAUCCUUGGUAGGACCAGCAAUACCUAGGAGCCCUUUCCAGCACUGGGUCAGGGCAUCUUGCAGAGCCCUGGGUGAACAAAUAAUAUCAUUAACAAUCGGAAACAAGCGCACCGUUACAAAUCCUUUUCCAGCUGUUGAAUCUGUUGUUGUGAAGUUGAUCUGUGCCACUCCUUCCCGAUUCACUUUGUCACCUAUAUAUACAAAUCCUGAACUAGGUCUCUCCUGUCCUUUUCUUCACCAAAACAAGCAAGGGGUUCCUGUGUCAAAUUAUCGCAAUCCAGUAUUGGAGCUGGAGGUUUAUGAUCAACAGGGGCACAAAUUUGACAAUUUUACUUCCCUUAAUAUUGUCUGGGAAUCUACAAAAUAUUCAUUAGCAAGCAUCGAGGACAGUAUGAUGCUGGAAAUGACUCUAAAAGAUCAUGGAAGCAGUGAGAAGAAAAUGCAAGGUUUGCAAACUGUUUUAGUUCAUCAUAAAUCUGGAACAACGACUAUAUCUGCCACCGCAGUAGGAUAUGAACACUUUCAUCUCAUUGCCAAUGAAGUGAACAAACCAUAUGAACCACUUACACCUGUAUCUGCAACUAUUGAACUAAUACUUGUGGAAGAUGUAAAAGUCAGUCCUAAAGAAGUAACGAUCUAUAAUCACCAAGAUAUAAAGGCUGAACUGCUCAUUAUGGAGGGUUCUGGAUAUUUUUCAGUUAAUACCAGCAUUGUCAACAUUGUAAAAGUGGCUUAUGAGGAAGCUCGAGCUGCUGUUGUGGUACAUCCAUUAUACCCAGGUUCAGUGUCUGUAAUGAUCCAUGACUUAUGCCUUGCGUCUACUACAGUUGCUAAAGCUGAGGUAUAUAUUUCUGAUAUACAUGAAGUACAUCUGGGAGUUGUUGACAAGGUGGAAAUUGGCAAAAAAGUUAAAGCUUUCGUCAGAGUUUUGGAUACUUCCAAAAAGUACUUUCCAGCUAAAUACUUUACUUUCAUGGACUUAAACCUUCAUGCAGCAUCUCAGAUUGUUUCCUUAAAACCCCUCAGUGAGGUUUCUGAUGAAUACACUGCUGCUUUUCUAGUUCAUGGUGUUGCCAUAGGUCAAACCAGUCUUACCGCUAUCAUCACUGACAAAUAUGGAGAGAAAAUCAGUUCAUCUCUACAGCAGAUUGAAGUUUUUCCACCUUUUAGACUGAUACCAAGAAAAGUCACCUUACUAAUAGGUGCAGUGAUUCAAAUUACCUCUGCGGGGGGACCACAGCCUCAAUCCAACAUAAUCUUCUCCAUCAGCGAUACCACUAUUGCUUCUGUGAACAAUAGUGGCAUUAUAUCAGGUAUAUCAGUUGGCAACAGCACUGUUACAGGGAUGGUACAAGCUACUAAUGCUGAAACUGGCCAAGCUGUGAUUGUUUCUCAGGAUAAAGUUGAAGUCAAGGUAAUUCAGCUUGAGGCUGUUAGAAUCUAUGCACCCAUUACACGAAUGAAAACUGGCACACAGAUGCCAGUGUAUGUGAUGGGCAUCACAAGCAACCAAACUCCUUUUUCAUUUGGCAGUGCAGUGCCAGGGUUAACAUUUCACUGGUCUGUCACUAAGAGAGAUAUUCUGGAUGUCAAAUCAAGAUUCAGUGAGGCUUCUGUUCAGCUCUCCAUUCAAAAUAACUUUUCUGUGGAUGUUUAUGGAAGAGCUAAAGGGAGAACAAGGUUGAAGGUUGUUGUCAAAACCCUUGAUCCUUUAGCUGGACAAUUUUACCACAUGACAAGAGAAUUAUCUGAUGAAAUCCAAAUACAGGUAUUUGAAAAUUUAAUUAUUCUGGGAGUAGAAGUAGGUCAGAUCUUAAUGUCGCCCAACUCUUUUUUUAAAGUCCAAACCAACAGGGAUGGAGCUGCAUUUCUGAGUUACCGUGUGUUGAAUGGUCAAAAUACAGUCCCUGUAGUCCAGGUUGAUGAGAGUGGCCUUCUUAAGUCUAGAUCUCUGAUAGGGCUGUCAACUUUGGAAGUAAUUUCACAAGAGCCAUUCGGAAUCAACCAGACUCUUAUUGUCGCUGUCAAGGUGGCUCCUGUUUCUUACCUGAGAAUAUCCAUGAACCCAGUUUUCCACACUCACAACUAUGAGGCAUUGAUGGCACUGCCAUUGGGUAUGACAUUUACUUUAAUGGUCCAUUUCCAUGACAGCUUUGGAGAUACAUUCCAUUCACAAAGUUCUGUGCUUGGCUUUGCAGUCAACAGAGAUGACUUUGUACAGGUUGGGAAAGGAGCUUCUAACAACACUUUGACAGCACGAACAAUGAAUGUUGGCCUCACUUUGCUUAAGGUUUGGGAUGCUGAGCAUAGCAGCAUGGCAGAUUAUGUGCCACUUCCUGUACACUAUGCAAUCUAUCCAGAUCUCAAAGAUAUUAUCAUAGGUGAUAUCAUUUGCUUAACUUCCUCACUGGUAAACCAAGAAGGUUUGUCAGGAAUAUGGAGUUCUUCUUUGAACAACAUUCUUCAGAUUGAUCCAAAGACAGGAGUAGCAGUAGCAAGGAAUUUUGGAACUGUGACAAUAUAUUAUGAGAUUCCUGGACUACUAAAGACAUACAGAGAGGUGUCAAUUAGUGUACCUGAAAGGAUUGUAGCAACACAGGCGAGUGGGAUAAAAACAAAUUUGCAAGACACAUCAUCUUCUAAAGUUUUCAUUAAAAUUGGACAGAGAAGUAAAAAUAUGAAAGGAGAAUGUUCCCCUGCUCAAACUGAAGUAAUUGAAGAAAUGAAGCCUCAGUCUAUUAUCAGUUGCCAAGUUAAUUUCAACAAUGAUAUAUUUGAUUUGCCAGCCUCUGAGGUUUUUACUGCAGAACCUGGGUUUGAUAUAGCUUCAGGACACUACACUUGUUCUAUCAUGGUGCAGAGACUUAGCGACAAACAACUAAAGCAACUCAGCAUGAGCAAAACUGCUAUCAUCGUUUCAGCUUCAUUCCAGGACAAUCAUUCUUCCAUGGAGCAGAUUGGUGCCAAAGUGCCAUUUAAUCCAGGGUUUUUUGCUAAUCAGACUGAAAUUAUCCUAAGUAAUCAUCACACAAGUUCUGAUGUGAAGAUCUUUGGAGCCAUUGAAGUACUUGAAAAUCUUGAAGUAAAAGCCGGCUCACCAGUGGUAAUAGCUUUUGAGAAGGACAAAUCCUAUGGGCUGCCCAGUUAUGUAACAUACACUGUUGCCUUGUCAGACCCCAGACUCACAAGCAGAGGGCCCUUAUCUACUAUGCUCAUAAUAUCCAGUACAAUUAUUGACCAGUCUAUCACUAUUCCAGUGACAAUUAUUCAUGUGUCUGACAGAACUCCAUCUGUGAGACAUGGACCAGGUUUAUUACAACAUUUCCUUGACUCUUAUCAAGCCAUGUUUUUCACUUGUUUUGCCCUGUUAGCAGGGAUGGCUGUUAUGAUAAUAGUGCAUUACGCUGUAUUCUCACCAAAAGAACAGCAAGUUCAUCCAGCUUUCAUCCCAAGGACAAGUCCUCAGCACAGACAACAUGCUGGAUUUUCUCAUACAUCUUCAAGUUCUAACAGUCCUACAUCUUCAAGCAAUGAAAAUGUCUCUUUCACUAGAUUAUGGAGUCCAGGUUAUGCUUCACAUUAAAGAAGAUGUUUUCUACACAAGGAUUCUUACUUUGAUUUAUAAAUGCUAGUGCCUUUACUAGUAGCUAAUUGAAUAUCAAAUGGAAUUUGCCAAUCUUCAAGUUUUAUAUAUAUAUGAAUAUAUUUCAUUUUCAAGAAUGCAAUAUAAUUAGGGCAUACAUCUUAAUAUGCAUGCUUUUCCUGCUUCCUGAUCUGCCAUUCUUCUCAGUAUUAUUGGAAAUGAAGGAGAAGCGCGGACAAUCACUCGAGUCCUGUCCAGCAUUUGUGUUGACUGAGCUUGGCUGUUUCCCCCCGAUUUAUAUGCUUCAGUUCAUUUUUGUUAUAGCUUUUGUUUGUCAGUAUAGAUAUACAGCACUUCAUUUGCCCAUUUACUUCCUGUGGAAAUAAUACUUUUAUAGUUUUGUAAUGAGGCUUGAGGCUAGCAAAGAAUGGAGGCAUAAUAAUUAAAACAUGAGCCAAAAACAUGAAAGAAUGUGCACUCCUAAAGGAUUUAAAUUUUAGCUUAGCAUCAGAUUUUAUUAAUUUAUUUUGAGACUCAGGAAUGAACAUGCUGCACUGACACGGUUUUGCACUAUUUAGCCUUACAAAUCAUUUGAAUUUCCUAGUUUAGAAAGUAGUUAUGCUUAUAAUAACUAUGAAUAGUUGUGCCUUUUUGUAUAGAAAUUGGAACAUAAUUGCCUUUUACCACUUCACCAGUUGCUGGUGGAGCACAAAGACUCUCUCGUUUGUUUCUAAACUUUUGAAAUAAUAUGUUGUUAUAUAAUUAUGCAGACUAUUUUUAAGAAAAAAUAUUUUAAACAUGUUUUGAAAAUUGUUACUAUAAAAUUAGGUUUUUUGCAAAUGUUAAAUACCUCAAAAUUGAAUCUCCAUGUACAUUUUCUGAUCAGUGUCUGUAAUAAGGAUUAGCAUUGAUGCUUAAAAUACUGAACAAAUGUGUAUACCAUUGGAAUGUGAAUUAAAGACAUAGAAGUGUGGUGCUGUUCUCACCAGCUAGUUCAUAUGAUAGUUAAUAUUUCAUUUUUGUUAUGUUUUCUGUAAUGUUAAAGAUUGUGUAUGUAUUCUAGGAUUACUGGGCGUAAUGGAAAGCUACUGCUGAUUUCAGACAGCACAAUUUUUUUUACCAGGGGACUACAUAACUCAGGGAAUUAUAAAUACAGCCAGUACAAUCAAUAGAUGCAUAUUGAUAAAUAGUUAUUUAUAUUAUAAAAUUGGACAUCUUUGGGGCCCUCUCUUGAUCCAGCAGAUCCCAAUCUGACCCCAUAAAGAGCCAAAAGAACUCCCUGUUUCAUGGCUUUCUGCCUAUUCUGCACAUGGAUUGUGUAGCCUUCCUCCCUGGGACAGCUGCACCAAAUGCACAGAAGUAGUGCUUCCUUUCACUGUUGAGUGACUGCCAUGGAGGCCUCAAUGCAAAAUAGCAUCUGCCUCAAACCAUCAUCAUUGAGUGGUUAGGACUAAUGGUAUGAAUGUUUGACUGUAAACUAUCUGCUUAACUCUGACUUCUCCCACCCCAAAAGUAACUUCCUGAAUAUGUGGAAAUGUUUGAAAAGUGCAUAAACAAUCCUGUGAACAUGUUUUACUUUUAUAUUGAAAAGCAAUGUUGGGUUUUUUUUUUUACUUUGGUUGUGCUUUUUAAAUUUCCCUGGUGUUUGAGAAAUAAAGAUGUGCUUUAAACACA